AUUUCCCUCUGGUCCUGUUGAGGAACCUGCGUCAUCCCGUCUACCUGCUGGUGGUGUUGGCUCAGGUCAACCUCUCCGCCAUGGUGGCUGGUUUAGCAACGUUCAUGGGGAAGUUCCUGGAGAGACAGUUCUCCCUGACGGCGUCCUUGGCCAACAUGAUCAUCGGUGCUGUGAACAUCCCUGGGGCCAUGGUCGGCAUCGUGGUGGGUGGUGCCAUCAUGAAGAGGUUCCAGAUGUCCUUGAGGCAAUGCAGUGCCAUGUGCGUCCUCGGCAUGUUCCUCUGCCUGCUCCUGGCUUUCCCCCUCCUCUUCCUCGGCUGCCCCACGCAGAAGGUUGCGGGUGUUACCUACAGCAAGAGCUCUGAAUUUGGACACCAUGCUCUGGAGUGUAACCUCCACUGUAACUGCCCCGAGAAAGCCUACAACCCCAUCUGCGGCUCUAAUGCCAUCGAAUACAUCUCGCCCUGUUCCGCCAGCUGCAGGGUUGUAAAUAUCGACGCCGACAACUCGGUCCUGAACUACACCAACUGCAGCUGCAUCUCUGAAAAUGGGCUCCCGGGGUUUGCCAAACCCGGCACCUGCGGCACCGGCUGCUCCCACCUCUUCCUACCCUUUGUGGUCCUGUCCUGCCUGGCGGGGAUCCUCGCCAGCACAUCCCACACACCAUCCUUCAUGCUCAUCCUCAGGAGCAUCCAGCCUGAAGACAAAUCGUUUGCGGUUGGGAUACAGUUCAUGCUGCUGAGAGUUUUAGCGUGGAUGCCGGGUCCCGUUCUGUACGGCAGCGCCAUCGACACAACCUGCAUCCUCUGGGAGAAGAAGUGCGACAGGAAGGCAGCCUGCAGAUACUACGACAAUAACCUCUUCCGGCAAAGGUACCUCGGUCUCCAGUUUUUCUUUGAGGUGGGCACGUUCCUGUGCUUCGUGAUGGUGUAUGUGAUUCUCAGACGGCAGGAGAGGGAAGCUGGUAACGCAGAAGAGACCAAGGCAGACCCAGAGAAGGAGAAACUGGCAGGAAACUCCACAAAGAGCCCAGAAUCCAAAGUGUGAUGCCAAAAAUGUGAAUUGAUAUCCGUGUCCAGGGAGGUGAAGCCGUGUGAAUUCACCCCCCACUUGAACUGUGAAGGAUGGAUGCUUGGAGAGAUGGACCAUGGGGCUGCUUC